AUUCAAGGUCAAAGUGCAUUUUCUCGCGGGAGUGGCACCGGUGGUUGUUGUUGCAGUUGUUUGUCGAGUGUUGCACUUUUUCCUGAACUCAUACGUCUCGAGGGAAACAACGCAACAGUGCGGAGUUUUACCAAAAACAUCCCGUCCAAGGUUCGUCCUGUCUAUGCCGUGAUGAUUAACAACUAGCCACAAUCUCCAGUAGGCCGGAGUGUUCGUCUUAGAACCUGCUGUGAUGGCAGGGGACCAUAUGUAUAGCCAGAAGGGUAUCACCCUGACGUUUGGACAGAGGGAGCGGUCUCUACUGUGCAGGCUGAACCAGAUGCGCAACGACGGUGAACUCUGUGAUGUGACCAUCAUUGUGGAGGACCAACAAUUCAGAUGCCAUAGGAUGGUUCUGGCAGCAUUCAGUAGUUACUUCCAGUCUUUGUUCGAUGUACUAAACAGAAAAGGCUUUGUUGUUGCUGUAAGUGUAAGACUGAGUGACGGAGACAAGAAUCUCAAGGCCUCUGCAUUUGCCCAGCUCUUGGAUUACCUGUACACUGGCAGUAUUCGGGUGACUAAACAAAGUGCGGCGAACAUCAUGCAUGCUGCCAAUGGCAGGUACUUCAACUUCGAAGAGGUCAAGCAGGCUUGUACAAAGUUACUCCAGAACACAGGAACAACAGCAGAUAAUGGUACAUGUACCAUAGUCCAGAAUUCAGGAACACUGGCAGGAAAUGGUACCAUAGUCCAGAACUUGGGAACAGUUGCAGGAAAUUGUACUGGUACAGCAAAUGGUAUUAUAGUCCAGAAUUCAGGAACACUGGCAGGAAAUGGUGCCAUAGUCCAGAACUCAGAAACACCAGCAGGAAAUGGUACCAUAGUCCAGAACUUGGGAACAGUUGCAGGAAAUGGUACUGGUACAGGAAAUGGUACCAUAGUCCAGAAUUCAGGAGCACAAUCAGAAAAUGGUACUAUAGUCCAAAAUUUAGGAAAAUCAAUGCAAGCAGGAAAUGGUACCAUAGUCCAGAAUUCAGGGACACAAGCAGGAAAUGGUACCAUAGUCCAGAAUUCAGGAGCACAAGCAGGAAAUAGUACCAUAGUCCAGAAUUCAGGAGCACAAGCAAGAAAUGGUACCAUAGUCCAGAAUUCAGGGACAGAAGAAGGAAAUCGUACCAUAGUCCAGAAUUCAGGAACACAAGCAGGAAAUAGUACCAUAGUCCAGAAUUCAGGAGAACAAGCAGGAAAUGGUACCAUAGUCCAGAAUGCUGAAGCACAAGCAGGAAAGGGUACCAUAGUCCAGAAUUCAGGAGCACAAGCAGGAAAUGGUACCAUAGUCCAGAAUUCAGGAGCACAAUCAGGAAAUGGUACCAUAGUCCAGAAUUCAGGGACAGAAGAAGGAAAUCGUACCAUAGUCCAGAAUUCAGGGACACAAGCAGGAAAUGGUACCAUAGUCCAGAAUUCAGGAGAACAAGCAGGAAAUGGUACCAUAGUCCAGAAUGCUGAAGCACUAGCAGGAAAUGGUACCAUAGUCCAGAAUUCAAGAGCACAAGCAGGAAAUCCUACCAUAACCCAGAAAUUGGUAACAAUGCCAGAAAAGUGGACCAUCCCCCUGAAUUCACAAAUGCUGGCAGAAAAAUGUACCAUACCCCAGAACUUGGGAAUAGUUGCAAGAAAUGGCACUGUACUACAGGACUUAGGAACAAUGGCAGAAAAUGGUACCAUAGUUCAGAACUCUGGAACACUGGCGAAAAAUAGUGCCACACUCCCAAAUUCAGGAACAAUGGUAAGAAGUUCCCAGGGAAGGGAAACAGGUGCACUGGCCUCUAGAUCUAACGAUGUCAUGCAGAAAACUGUUGGCAUCAACAGCAAUGAUGACGUCCACGGGAAAGAGAGUUUACAUGGUGGUGCAACCUGCAAAACAACAGACAAGCAAAAUGAAACAUAUAAAGCAGCAGCUAGCAGCCAAAGUGCUCCUCUGCAAAAUGCUGGUAUUGACAAAGAGAAGGAGAAAAUUCCCACUUGUGAGGAAGUUUGCAAGCCUCUCAGCAAGACCUUUGAGUCAAACUCUAUGCAAGAUACUUCUUCAGAUGAUAACAAUGUUUCAUCAAGCUGUACCAAGGUCAAGGUAAAAGAGGAGGUACAGGAGUUCCAGUACUUAAGUCAGUUGACAUGGACACAUGAUGCAAAGAAGAAAGCAGCUGAUGCAGACCCAUUUGACGACAACCCCAAGGAAGAAAAAGCCAGAGAAGAGGAUUUGAACCAGUUUCUUCUGAAUGAGCUUGAGAUGGAACUGGGAGGAAUCCCAACCAUCGGAGAUCUGGACGAGGAACCCAUUGUGUGCCACUCGUUGGGUUGGUUUGAGGAGGAUUUAGAUUGCUCUGAAGGUGAAAGGUCAGAGGUAAGGUCAACAAUCGACUCUGACACAGACUGUGGUGAUAGUGAAGGGGGCAGGAGGAAGAGAAAAUGGUCUGAAGAGACGUUUCAGGGUAAAAAGAGAUCAAAGAGGGACAUUGAUUCAGAGGCUUCAGCUGCACACACAAGUGAUGGCAGUGCACUGGACAGCCACUCUCCUGCAAAUUACUAUCCUUUGUUCAUUUCAAAACAACCUUCAACAGAAAGUAGAAUACCUGGUGCUCCUCCAGAUCCUGUUAGAAAGGAUCUGGAGAGAUCCAAAAUGCCAAGCAACCCCAUCAUGUUCUUUGGAGACUUUGGUACCACCCAGGACACAAACCUGCAGGGUACUGUUCAUGUGAACAAGCCAACAAACAUGAAAAUGGCAGUUAUGUCAAAGAGAGGAGCCUUUCCUCAUUCUCAGAAUGCACAGCUCAAAACAGUCCACAACCCCAGCAUGGGGGUUAAACCGAGAAGUGUUUUCAUGUCAUUUGGAGACAGAGUUGUCGCUCGAGAUCUAGAGGUUACGCAAACGUGAAAAGGGUUGCUGAGUUUUGCAAGAGAAAAGCAUUGUGCAUCUUACUCACAGCAUUCAAAAGUGAAAGCCAUCAAUAUCAUGAGCCUCAGCUUGUUUCUGCUUUUUAAUACCAGUCCUACCUGGCAAAAUAUUUAUCCAGCCUAAGCAGUUAUUUUUACAGGGUUUUAAUUUUGCAGUUGAAUAGGAAAUGUGUUUUUGUUGCAAUAUUUUAAGUUUGUGGUUGAACCACUUCUGUAGUACUGUACAGUAAAAUAUGUUGGAAAUGUAUGCUGUUAAUUCUUGAAUUUUUGAGGUUUUAUGUUCAAGUUUAUGCUGUGAAACAGUACUUGCUUGUGUUUCUAUUGAUGCAGAGGUAUGUGGUAGCAUUCUAUCAGACUUGCAUUUUAAUAGUGUAACAAUUUUUGUCUCUCUCUAUCAUAGGUUGGACAAUCCAUUAUGAAGUGGAAUUCAUUCAGAAUAUCAUCAUGGCAUGUUGGACACAGUCUCUCAUUGGCUGGUGUGUUAUAGUAUCUUAUGACCCUUUUCGAUUUGUAAUGAGUGGGCACUGACUCUCAGUUUUGUAAUGAUAAUUCUAAAAGAUUUGUUAAAAGGUAAUAUUCAAGACAGAAGUCUUUUUUGAUUCUUCAAUAGGUACUAUGUUUGCUUGGACUUCUUAUUUCUUGUCUCCAGCCAGAGAGAAACGUGUCUAUCAGGCGUUUUUUGAAUAAAUUUCCAAACUGGUUAGAAAGAAGAAGAAGGAGAAGCAUGUAAUGUUACAGAACUUUUGUGUGUUUCAGGCUUGUGUGUUCUUGUUUACACUUUUCUGUAACGUUAACGUUAGAUGUUUGUUUCUAAUAAUAAUGUUUAUAGGAUAAAGGAUAGACGACCUGAAUGAGGUCUUUCACUUAAGAUCUUUUAACAUCUUUUUAACGAAGAAAAACACAUGAUUAGCGUGAAUAAAGCAAAGGAAUACACUGAUUUAUUUCGUAUUUCCAUUGCUUGACGAAAGUGAAGAUGUUGUUUGCCUUUAUUUCAUAUCACAGAGCUUUCAUCUUGUUAGCCUUCAUUUUCUUUCAUUCCGCGUUCUUAGAGUCUAUAACUAUAUUAAAUCGUAAAAAUGACAUGAAAUUCAUGAUAUAAUUUCGCCCCCCUCCCACACUUGGGGUUUGUUUACAUUUUGCACUUGCCGCCGCGCGGUUGCCAGGGAAUCCCUCGAUAUGCAAAUUUUAGAACGUACCAUUCCAUUCGACGAGGUUGUAGUUACUUUUUAUGAUUAGAAUAUUUAGUCCACGACUUUAUCGUAGAAAGGCAAGGAUUCAUUAUUCGUCUUCAUACACAUUAUACGUCAAUAAAUACUCUCUUGAAGCGUCAGAACGAUCGGCAUGCGGUGUAAAAGUUGUCCGAACUUUUUCGUUCAUCCCCACACAACACGAAGUGGACUCGCCGCGGCGCACUUAGCAACGCCUCGGGCGACUACCUCACCAUUCAGCACUUGAACGCCGUCGUAGGUGGUCGUCAAUUUGCGAGAGCAGCGUACACAACCACAACCCCUUCUGAAAGUGUAAAUGCUAGGAACCCUGGGCAGGGCCGCUUUGCGGGGCCUGACGGGGGCGCGGCCAAUCAACAUGCUGGCUGCCCCCCAGGCCCCCCCUGCCCAGGUGUUCACGAAGAUUUUCUCCAACAUCCCUACCUUGCCGAAGAUUGCUGAGUAUGCAAUGAUUUCAACGGGCACUACAAUCUGUGCCGUAGAAGCACACAUGUUCUUUAAUCGGAACAAGAAGACGAUCGAAACCGAAGACAAAUCAACAUCGGCAGACACACCAGCGAGGAAGGCACCUACCUACCCCUGGAUAGGGGUGGGGCCAGGCUACCAACAAGGGUGGUAAAGAGAAUUCUUCAGGAAUACCUGGGAAAAAAAUCUAAAAACUUGGGAAUAAGAAAAAAAAAAUACUUUUAUGUUUGCCUGUAGUGUUUUUAAAUUCAGCUUAACAUAAAAUUAGAUCUGCGUUGGUAUUUCUGAUGUCUUAACCUAAUGUGCAGGUACAUACAGUUUGUAAAAUCAUGUACGUCUUUUUCUAGUUUUCUCUAAUAUAGGCCAAGAAACAACUAAUAACCUCAUUAUGACAUUGAAAGUUAUAUGUGUUAACGUUAUAUGGUUGAAAAAUUUGACAUUUCAUUCAGUUGUUAUAACAUUGUCCCAUAUUUGUCUUUUUUUGAAUGGGGAGUGUGCUAUAAGUUUUUCUUUUCUCUUUGCAUUUUGACAUUUCAAAAACAAAACAAAAUUUAUCAAUCCUUUUAUAAUGGCAAAACCCUACAUCUACAUCCCUUCCACUGCCCAACUUGUCCAGGACCCAUGCCAGGGGAGACCCCAAGCAGACUUCGGUCUGCUUAUGGGCCGGGGUCUCCCCACCAUAACAUCUGUGGCAUGGGAUUCCUGGACUCUCAGCUUGUUAUUUAAAUUUCUAUUUUUUUGGCAUGUUUUUUAACCAAAAUUUAUUCAUUACAUACAGACCCAUCCCCUUCCUACUGUCCAGAGCCCAUGCCAGGGAAGACCCCAAGCAGACUUCGGUCUGCUUAGGGGCCGGGGUCUCCCUACACAUGGGUAUCCUGGACUCUCAGCUUGCUGUUUAAAUUUCUAUUCAUUUUGGCAUGGUUUUUAAACUAAAUUUAUAGAUUUAACAUCCUCACACAGCCGCCACCCCACCCCAAUGUCCAGGACCCAUGCCAGGGGAGACCCCAAGCAGACUACGGUCUGUUUGCGCGCAGGGGUCUCCCCACUACAACAUCUGUGGCAUGGGUAUCCUGGACUCUCAGCUUGUCAUUUUUUCCCCUGAAAUUCCUAUUUUGGAGUUGAUUGGUUUAUUUCUGUUUUUUUUUUAAUCAAAUAUUCAAAUCGUGUGAUUUUUAUUGUCACACUCCCCAUUCUUUUUGUAUAUACUGGCACCAUAUAUGGCCUUCUUAAGUCAAUAUUGACCAUUGUAAAAUCCUAAGUGACAUCAGCCCUACAGCGUCGACUGUGGCAAAACAAUCCUAUGGCACAUUAAACAAAUAAAAGGCACAUUAAACAACUUAAGAGACAGCACAUUAAUUACAAUACCUUUGCAGGCUAUUGUAGAACUUUGAUUUUACAGGCUAUAUAUAUAAAACCCAUGUUACAUCUAACAGUCACUAGUUAACGGCAGUUUAUUUCAAUCUAUACCUGUACAUUUACUUUGAUCUGUACCUGUAAAUUUACUUCAAUCUAUACCUGUAAAUAACAUGAAUAUAAUGUGUAUAACCUGGUAAAUUUACGCAGAAAAAAAUUGAGAAAACUUGAGAAAUGAGCAAAAUGUUAAUAUAUUUUGACUGUUGUUAGAUCUUGUAUUAUUGUUUAUAUCUAGUCUUUGGUCUAUC